AUGGGAAUUCGAACUGUCGCUGUCUAUUCUGAUUUAGAUGCACAAUCCCUUCAUGUUCGUUUGGCUGAUGAAGCUGUUUGUAUUGGCAAGCGAUCAAACACACAUGAAGAAUCCGUUUAUUUGUCUAUACCCCGUAUCAUGGAUGCCAUCCGCCAAACUGGUGCAGAAGCUGUUCAUCCUGGCUAUGGCUUUUUAAGCGAAAACGCUAGUUUUGUGCAGCAGCUAGAAGAGAAAGGGAUCAUCUUUGUAGGGCCGAAAGCAUCGGCCAUUGCAGCCAUGGGUGAUAAAAUACAAAGCAAAUUGAUUGCCAAAAAGAGUGGGGUGUAUUGUAUACCUGGAUUUGACAGGGAAGUCAAGACAGUGGAAGAAGCAAUUUCGAUGGCACAUGAAAUUGGCUAUCCAGUGAUGAUCAAGGCGAGUGCGGGUGGUGGCGGCAAAGGAAUGAGAAUUGCAUGGAAUGAUGAAGAAAUGAAAGAUGGAUUUAAACUUGCUAAGCAAGAAUCCAGAUCAAGCUUCGGUGACGAUCGUAUGCUUAUUGAAAAAUACAUUGAUAAUCCUCGCCAUAUUGAAAUUCAAAUACUAGGUGAUAAUCAUGGGAACGUUAUCUACUUGCCAGAACGCGAAUGUUCCAUACAACGCAGAAAUCAAAAGGUGAUUGAAGAAUCACCAAGCGUACACAUGACUGAAACGAUACGGCGACGGAUGGGCGAACAAGCUGUUGCAUUAGCGAAGGGGGUGGGUUACAAUUCAGCCGGUACAGUUGAAUUUCUGGUGGAUUCGCAGCGUAGAUUUUAUUUCUUAGAGAUGAACACACGUUUACAAGUGGAGCAUCCAGUAACAGAAUAUGUUACUGGGUUAGAUUUAGUAGAGCACAUGCUUUACUCUGCUGCUGAUUACCCGUUGAAUAUCCAGCAAGACAGCAUCACUAUAAAUGGCUGGGCCAUGGAAGCAAGAGUCUAUGCUGAGGAUUCUGUCAAUUAUUUGCCAUCAGUUGGUAGACUACGCACUUAUCGAGAACCAUCAGUACAUCCGGAACAGACGCAGGAGAAAAUAACAAACGCUAAAGGAAUAAGAUGUGAUUCAGGGUUCAUAGAAGGUUCAGAAAUACAUGUUGAUUAUGAUCCUUUGAUUUGCAAGCUGACGACACAUGGUAAUACGCGUUCAGAAGCACUACAGUUGAUGCUACAAGCAUUAGAUCAGUAUGUGAUCAAGGGGGUGACCCAUAAUAUUCCAUUGUUACGAGCAGUCUUUGCGCAUCCGCGGUUUCAAGAUGGAGAGCGCAUUACCACUCAUUUUCUAGCGGAAGAAUAUCCUAAUGGUUUUAAAACAGAAAAUUUGAGUCAACAGACACUGGGAGAUCUGGCCAGUGUCCAGAACAUAUUUCAACAGCAAUAUACGCCAGCGCCGAUAGUCAACAAUAUAAAUAAGGAAGUCAAAAAGUUAUGGAUUCAAGUGAUAGAUGAGCAAGACAAAUCUAUGCAAGAGACGAGUGUUGACAUAAAAUCGUUGGGCAAUUCACGAUUUAAGGCCAUUACUUCAGGGGCUGAACUAACACUCAGCACGCAAUGGCCGAUAGACAGUGUUUUAGCACGUGCAAAAAUCUUCAUAGACAGGCUAGACAACAGUAGUAGAAGCCUGGUGCUGCAAUAUUUAGAUCCGUCAAAAUUGGGUUUCCGAAUACAAUUUCAUGGAAACAAAUACCAGAUCAACGUCUUAACGGACGAGCAACAUGACUUGAAAAAGUAUAUGAGGGAGGAAUCAAAAGUAGAACAAAGUAAAUUGGUGACUAGCCCUAUGCCAGGUCGGAUUGUAAGUUUGGCUGUUGAAGAAGGAGACAAGGUUUUACAAGGCAGUGAAUUAAUUGUGGUAGAAGCAAUGAAGAUGCAGAAUAUUCUACGUGCAUCGCAAAGUGGAGUAAUUAAAAAAAUUCAUUUUGGUUAUACACUUAGAACAUCUUUAAAUCCUGAAUGGACUUGUUAUUACGUUGCUUAUGAUGAGUUGAAGAUUAUUCUAAAAAAGAUCACCACUCAUGGCGGUAUUUGGUCAGAAGAAAGCGAGUCUUUGUUCAUUGAACGUCUGGAAGCUGAAUUGGAUAAAGUAUAUACGUUUCAGCGUGCCAAAUUGGACGAAAUAAAGCAUCGUAUUGAACAAGAAGCGCUUGAAGUGGGGAGACUCUGCCAAUCUGAUUUUCCUGAUGAAGACGACUUUACUGCGUCCGAAAUUGAACUGGGACAUAUCAUUGCUGAUGUCCAUGAUUUGGCAAAAUUCGUUAAGCUGAAUUAUACAGGAUUUUUGAAGAUAAUCAAAAAACAUGAUAAAGUUACCGGAUGGCCAUUGAAGCCUAUGUUUGGUGUACGUCUCAAUGCAAAGCCUUUUCAUAAAGAAAACUAUGAUGCUCUGAUUAUAAGGAUCUCUGAUUUAUAUGAUCGUGUACGAACUCGCGGACAAGAAAGAUGUGGUGAUUCAGGCGCUGGCGGCAAGCAAUCAGCUUUUGUUAGAAACACAACAAAAUAUUGGGUCCACCCAGAUAAUAUCACUGAAUUAAAAUUAGCAAUCUUAAAGCACUUGCCUGUCCUUGUUUUCAACCCUAACAAAGAGUUUGAAACGCAAGAUUCGGCCAUCAGCAGUGUCUACUUUGAUAAUGACGAUUUUGAUCUUUACAUGGGCAGAUUAGAAAAGAGUGAGGGUGCUCAAGCCAUUCGAAUGCGUUGGUAUGGAGGCAUGGGCUCCAACACUAUUUUCGUGGAGCGGAAAACACAUCAUGAAGACUGGACAGGAGAAAAGUCCGUCAAAGCACGUUUUCCAAUCAAAGAAAAAUAUUUGAACAGCUUUCUGGCAGGUACUUAUACAACAGACGAGCUGUUUGCCAAAAUGAAAGAGCAAGGAAAGAAAUUGGAAAAGGAGAUUCAGGAACUAGAGCAACUAGCUCAAGAAGUACAAUAUACUGUACUUACAAAACGUUUACAUCCAAUGAUGCGAACAUUUUACAAUCGUACUGCAUUUCAAUUACCUGGUGAUGCUCGAGUACGCAUCAGUUUGGAUACAGAGCUUAGUUUGAUUCGCGAAGACAAUAUGGAUCAUUGCAUACGGUCUGGUGGAAACUGGAGACGAAUGGAUAUCGGUAUUGACUAUCCUUUCAAGCAGCUACCAGACAGCGAUAUUUGCCGUUUCCCUUAUGCUAUUCUUGAGGUCAAACUACAGACCCAUGUCGGCCAAGAGCCACCGCAAUGGGUUUUGGAAUUGGUGAACUCUCAUCUUGUUGAAUCUGUGCCAAAAUUUUCGAAAUUUAUUCAUGGUUGUGCUACGUUAAUGGAAGACAAGAUAGAUACUUUACCAUUUUGGUUGCCUCAAAUGGGUAUCGAUAUUCGAAAACCGCGAAGCACAUUCUUUGGUAUCUACAGACCCAAUGCACCUUCCAAUAGCUCGGUAUCCGGUAGCAGCGGUAGCGUUUACGACGCCAGUAAAUUAAGCGCUGAAGAUCAACAUAACAAAAUUACGAUACGUGAUGCAACGGAAACGACGCCUUUAUUGAUUAUCCAUAAUAACAACAAAGAAGGGUUUAUCGAGCAAUUGAUGACAUCGGCUGGAAUGACAAAUUUGUUUAAACGAAAGUAUAACGAAAGAGCUUGUAUAAUCAAAGUUAAUGGACAGACUAUGGUUAAAUCACGUACAGCUCGACCGAUUCUUUUAAAGCCGCCACCAGCAAAGACAUAUUUCGCCAAUGAACGCACCUUCUUACAUUGGUUGAAGUUCACUUUAUUACUAGGUGGUUUAGCGAUUGGCCUACUCAAUUUUUCAGAUAAAAUCGGUCGACUGUCUGCAUCUAUAUUCACUGCGCUGUCCAUGUCUGUUAUGAUUUAUGCCUUAUAUCACUAUCAUAACCGUGUUAGUCGUGUUAAUAAGAAUGAAUUGGGAGAUUUCUCAGACAAAUAUGGUCCAGCAGUAUUGACCUUAUUAGUUAUCUUUGCAAUUAGCAUUAAUGUAUAUUUGAGAAUAACCAUGGAUUUCAAAAAGGAAUGGAAAAUUUAA